AUGUCGCUGAUUCCAAGUUUCUUUGGCAACCGAAGGAGCAACGUAUACGAUCCAUUCUCCCUCGACAUUUGGGAUCCCUUGAAGGAUUUUCCAUUUUCCAGUUCUGCAAUUUCUGCUUCAUUCCCUCGUGAGAACUCUGCGUUUGUGAGCACACGAGUUGACUGGAAGGAAACACCAGAAGCACACGUGUUCAAGGCUGAUCUUCCUGGACUGAAGAAGGAGGAAGUGAAAGUUGAAAUCGAAGACGACAGAGUUCUUCAGAUAAGUGGAGAGAGGAACGUUGAGAAAGAGGACAAGAACGACGAAUGGCAUCGCGUGGAACGUAGCAGCGGAAAGUUCUUGAGGAGGUUCAGAUUGCCUGAGAAUGCUAAAAUGGAUCAAGUGAAAGCUUCCAUGGAGAAUGGCGUUCUCACUGUGACUCUUCCUAAGGAAGAGAUCAAGAAGCCUGAAGUUAAGUCCAUUGAGAUUUCUGGUUGA